AUGAAAUCAGACUCCGGCUCUGCCAUUUCGAACCAUUCGGGUCGCAAAGGCAACAAAAAGUCGCACUCUAGAAUUCGCAAAGUCAAAUGCGACGAGGCUAAACCGUGUUGCCUCCGGUGCGUUAGAACGGGCCGCAAUUGUGAAGGCUACGUUGGCCGCGUGCAACAGCGCAAUGCCACGAGCCUGCUCCGUGUCAGCCCGCUCAUGGAAUUCGAGUCCCCGGAAGACUGCCGUGCCUUUGACUACUAUCGUAGCCAGUCAGCACCGGUUCUUAGCAGCGUUAUGGACUCGGAAUUCUGGGGAGGCUUGGUAUUGCGACUGAGUGUGACGGAGCCGAUUGUGCGGCAUGCUGUCCUGGCAAUGAGCAGCCUGCAUGAGUACCUCAGCAACAACAAAGAGCAGCAAGGCACCGUGGGGCCGUUCUUUGUCUACUCGCAAUAUGGAAAGUCCAUCUCGGCAUUGAGGAAAUGGAAACCGGGCGACGGGCCAACCAUUCCGCUACUAGCUUGCGUUCUCUAUACCUGCCUGGAGUUUCUGCUGGACAACGAAGAGGCGGCGAGGAUGCACAUUAUGCAAGGUCGGAAACUACUGAGCUCUCUCGGCAAUGAUUCCUCGCCAGCGGUUGAGACGGUCAAGCGAGAUUUGGUUCCCAUGUACACACGACUCGGCCUAGCUGCGUUUCUAUACGGUGGCAACCCCCCGGGCGUGCCAGAGCAUUUCCGUCCUUCAAUCGCGCCACCCGCGAAAUUAGAGAAUAUAGCAGAGGCCAGGUCUGUGCUAUACCAUCUGUUGGAUGAAGGACUGCGUUUCAGCAUAAACGCCCGACCAAAAAUCUACACGGGGGAGUUGGAUGCCGACGUCUUGCAUACUCUCAGAUCUGCGCAGCAAGACCUGUUAUCUCGGUUGGGUCAUUGGCAUGCAAUCUUUAUUGUACUAACUAGCAGCUUGAAAAUGACGCAGACAAAUGUGUGCACGCAGAAUCUCUUGCUGAUAUACUACAACACGGCUACCGUCUGGGUUUCUACAGCGCUGAGUCCAGAAGAAUUGGCUUACGAUGCCCACGUCACUGCGUUUGGCACCAUCGUGUCGCUUGCCUCAUCAAUCAUCGCGAGCGCGCAGAGCGGCCCUCCGCUUCAUUCAUUCAGUUUUGAGACGGAAUUAAUCGCACCCAUCUACUGGACGGCACAGAAAUGCCGACACCCACUGUUGCGUCGCGCAGCCGUGAAGCUGCUCAUGAAGGACGAGCUGAAGAACCGCCGCGAAAAUCUAUGGCACUCCAAUGAAGCAAUUGCAAUUGCGUUGCGAACAAUGGAGCUCGAAGAGGAGAACAUCGGUGAAUUCAUGGUGGCUGCCGAUGAGCGUGCCAAGGACUUUGGUCUGGAACCUCACAGCACACCGCAGUCCAAGACUUCAAGCAGAGACUGCAGCAGAAGCGGGUGGCAUGUCCCACUUAACCAACCUCCCACACUUCCACUCGAGCAAAUAGAGGAGGAACAGCAGCUAGAUGAGCUGCUUGACUUCAAUGAGAUGUCGGACACCGUGAUGGGAAAUGGCACUGUUCAGGGCGCUGGCAGCUUGGCUCGAGUUCUCGACUUGCGUGCUGAGGCUGCCCAUCUGCUGUCUCCAUAUGGCGCUGUUGAGAGUUCGCGCAUCAAAAACGUUCUCAUUGGCGCUCGAGAAAAGAGUGGUGUUACAGUGACAAUAUUUCGAGAGCCACGAACCGCAAAGGGUCAUUGGGAUGUGUGGAAAGAAUUCAUUCCGUUUCUGUAG